CCGAAGAAAGGAGAGAGACUGAAAGGGCGAGCCGGGAGGGACUUUGGCCACCGUUGACCCUCUAACCGCACGCGGCAGCUUCACCGACCGACCGCCACCCCGGGGCACAGAGCGGAGUCCUCGAAGCCUACCGCAGAUGUCCGAGCAAGAGGCGGCCCCGGCGGCCCCACAGGAGGCCGCUCCCUCCGAAGAGCCGGCAUCGGCUCCAGCAGAACCGACUCCAGCAGCUCCCGGACCGGACGUAGCAGCAGCAGCAGCAGCCGUCGAGACUCCGGCUCCCCCGGCGGCCCAAAGCGCCCCGCCGGCAGCUCCAGCUAAAAAGAAGCCCAAAGAAGGCACUCCCGGCGCACCAUUAAAUCUAACAGUGGACGAUGUGAACGACAAUUCUGUGACUCUGACGUGGGAUGCCCCAGAGGUUGUGGGCCAUUCUGGCCUGGAUGGAUAUGUGGUGGAGCACUGCAAAGACGGAACUACAGACUGGGUGGCCGCCAACACGAAGCCCUUCCUUUCCACCCGUUACAUAAUUCGCGAUCUAACAUCUGGAGAUAAACUUCUCGUUCGUGUGAAGGCUGUGAAAGGUGAUGGAGUUAGUGAGCCAGCCGUCCUGGACCAGCCACUCCUCAUCAGAGAGGUUCUUGAGCAGCCCAAGAUCCGACUGCCACGCUAUUUGAGGGACUUGUACAUGAAGACUGUGGGCGAUGUGUUGAACCUGAUGAUUCCUUUUCGGGGAAAGCCAAAGCCACAGGUGACCUGGACCAAAGAUGGCCAGCCUCUGGAUCCCAAGCGAAUGCAUUUGCGCAACAGUGAGAGGGACUCCGUCCUAUUCAUCCGUCAAUUACAGCGCAAUGAUUCUGGAAAAUAUGAAAUAAGUGUUAAGAUCUUAGAUGAACUAGAAGACAAGGCCACCAUUAAUCUCCAGGUGAUUGAGAGACCAGGCCCUCCUGAGAACCUGAAGCUGGUGGAUGUAUGGGGCUUUAACGUGGCACUGGAGUGGAGCCCACCCAAAGAUAAUGGCAAUGCUGAUCUCAAAGGGUACACAGUCCAAAAAGCAGACAAGAAGACUGGGCAAUGGUUCACAGUUAUGGAGCACUACAACCGCACCAACUGCACCGUCUCCGAUCUCAUAAUUGGCAACAGCUACUCCUUCCGAGUCUUCUCGGAGAACCCCUGCGGCCUCAGCGAGAAGCCUGCUGUCUCCAAGGACGUGGCUCACAUCAAAAAAUCAGCAAUCACAUACAAAGCAGAGAAGUACAAUAGCAAGGAUCUUUCUGAACCUCCAAAAUUCACCCAACCUCUCACCGACAGAACUACCACCCGGGGCUACAGUACCCAGCUUGUCUGUAGUGUCCGGGGCUUCCCAAAGCCCAAAGUGAUCUGGAUGAAAAACCAGAUGGAAAUUCGAGAAGACCCCAGAUAUUUAGCCCUCAUGAACCAAGGUAUUUGCUCUCUAGAAAUCCGCAAGCCCAACCCCUUCGAUGGUGGUGUCUAUACCUGCAAGGCCGUGAACCCUUUGGGGGAAGCCUCUGUAGACUGCAAGCUGAACGUAACAGUCCCAGAAUGAGGAUGACAUGGUGAGUCCAGAUGAAGAACAAAGUGAGUUUGAGUGUUUCCUGUUCCUACAAAGCUCCCUCUUGGUAUCCCUGCUCUGGAGCAAUGCUUUAUUCACACACUCAGCUCCAUGGUUCUUAGAAGGAAUCUCCAGUUUGGAGGCGAAGCUGCUGCUGCUGCGUCUUUUCAAAAACAGAAGCUUUAUAGAGGACAGAACCUGCGUCUAGGAUGGCUCUGUAAGGAACACUGGCCAUGUCUCCUGUUAAAUGUCUUUUACUCCUUUUAUGGUCUUUCACCCUGCAAUACAGUUGUUAUCAGUCUCGGGG